UAUUUUACUUGAAUGACACGUACCUCCUGGCGAGUCCUUAGAACAGCUAUCCACACCCUUACUUGUUUUAACCCGAAAGUGUGAAGGCUUAUCUAGACUGGUUUUCGGGAUUCGGUUUCUUCUCCCUAUGAUCUGUCGGGUUGCACAUCGCGGCUCUUCCUUUCCCAGGUGGCAUCGCAUCUAGUUUGGAUGCCGCUUUAGUUACGUCCGGUAACGCUGGGGUUGCCCCUCCACACCUUUCAGGUCGAUAACUCCUUCAUCAGGUCCAACCACGUAGCAAUGCAAAAAGCUCCUAUCGAGAUAGAAUUUGUAACUAAUUUGCUGAUUGGAGAAAUACAUAACACAAGGAUGGUGGUUCCACCGUGGUGCUGCUUUAUCUCGGAGACGCUGGCGUGCUGGGCGACAGGCAAACUCAUGUCUUGCCUAUCUAUCGUCACAAUACCCAACCUUGGACUGGAUUCGCCAUGGAUGAUUUCCGCGACGUGGUUUUCGGGGUUCAGUUGCCUUGGUAUUGGCGACAUGGAGAAAACUAUUGAUUAGAAUCAAGAGCUUGGAGAUAAGGUCGGAUCGAACCCUGGGCAGGCCUCACGAUGAUAAAUGCCGGCCAUGAAGGCGUUUUCCUGACACCAUCAUUAUCCAGACAGCAUCCAUCAUCAACUCUGGCUCUACACAACUGCCCCUCCUCCUAGUAGAAGGGUGUCUGCUUAUUGAUACAGAUUUUAUCUGUCUUUGCAUAUCCAACAUGGCAGCGACAGCAGUAAUGCCAGCUUCUAGGUCCCCUAUCCACACCAAACGAAACUGGACCCCAAUAAUCAAGGCACCUGAGCUGUCACAGCUGGGAAACGAUGAUUUCAACCCCGCGCGACACCUGUCUUUCAAGGAAUGCCCGAAGGUGUAUACCAUGAAGGACCUAGGCUUUCCCGAAGAUACUGGAAUAUCUCCGGUUGCCGUCUCAGAGCCUUUCCCACUUUUCACGGAAGAAGCCGUGAUGAGGAUGAGAAAAGAGGUCCUGAGCCCUGAGAUCCUUAGCAACUGUCAGUACUCUAGUAACUUGGCGCAAUGUCAACUAAGAGGAUUUGCGAACAAGUAUGCGCCUUUCGUAUACGACGUGUGGAAGAGCCCAGAAACACUAGCGAUCAUCUCCAAGAUUGCAGGUAUCGACCUGGUGACAGAGAUGGACUUCGAGAUCGGCCACAUUAAUAUUUCCGUUAAAUCCGAGAAAGAGAAGGAGGAGGAAAUCCGAGCGUUCAAUGAACGUGCCCAGUACGAGUCUGAUGAGGGCAUUUCAGGGUGUCCCUGGGAGGAUGAUAAACCCAUAGUAGAUUGGCAUACUGACAGUUACCCCUUUGUCUGCGUGACGAUGCUUAGCGACUGCACGACCAUGAUUGGUGGCGAGACAGCGCUUCGCACUGGUACCGACGAAGUUAUGAAAGUGCGAGGCCCACAAAUGGGUUGUGCAGUAGUUCUUCAGGGUCGGUACAUCGAACACCAGGCACUACGAGCGCUCGGAACAGCGGAACGAAUAAGCAUGGUGACUUCGUUCCGACCGCGAUGUCCAACAGUGCGCGACGACACGGUCUUAACCACAGUAAGGCCUAUCUCUAACCUCCUGGAGCUAUAUAACCAGUUCAGCGAGUACCGCCUCGAGAUACUAGAAGAGCGUAUCCGUCAGCAGCUAAAGGAGUUGCGAGAAGCCAACAGCGCUGGUCGCAAGGUUGCCACGCGCAAACUCAAGGCAUUUUUUGAGGAACAAGAAAAGUUCCUGGCACAUAUGAACCGCGAGAUGGUUGAUGAUGAAGAGGUCGUUAUCGGAUGCGUUGAUGAUAGUCACCUUCUCAAGAAGACAGCGGCUAAGAAAGCCUAA